GCCAACACACCUGGAAGAAAGACUUUGUCUUGGAGCUAACUCCUGAGCAUUUUGAGAUCAUUCAUCAUGAAGUAUGUAGUACAGAAAUGGCUCAGAGCAACUACCUUGCUAUUCAUAGCUCAAGCAGUUUCUGCAAUGGUUCUUCCCAAUGCCACGCUCUUAGAGGAACUUUUGGAAAAGUACAUGGAUGAAGAUGGUGAGUGGUGGAUCGCCAAGCAGAGAGGGAAAAGGGCUAUCACAGACAGUGAUAUGCAAAGUAUCUUGGAUCUUCAUAAUAAAUUACGGGGUCAGGUGUAUCCACCAGCUUCCAAUAUGGAAUAUAUGACAUGGGACACAGAGCUUGAGAGAUCUGCAGAGUCGUGGGCUGAAACCUGUCUAUGGGAGCAUGGGCCAGCAAGCCUUCUUCCAUCAAUUGGACAGAAUUUGGGGGCACACUGGGGAAGGUACAGACCUCCAACAUUUCAUGUCCAAGCAUGGUAUGACGAAGUGAGAGAUUUCACAUAUCCCCAUCCUCAUGAAUGCAACCCGUAUUGUCCUUACAAAUGCUCUGGUCCUGUUUGUACACAUUACACACAGGUCGUUUGGGCUACAAGUAGCAGAAUUGGUUGUGCCAUUAAUUUGUGUCAUAACAUGAACAUCUGGGGGCAGAUUUGGCCAAAAGCAGUCUAUCUUGUAUGCAAUUAUUCUCCUAAGGGUAACUGGUGGGGUCAUGCUCCUUAUAAACCUGGCCGCCCUUGUUCUGCAUGUCCCCCUAGUUUUGGAGGAGGCUGCAGAGAAAAUCUUUGUUACAGAGAGGAUUCAGAAAGGCCUUAUUCUCCCCAUGAACCAGAAGAGGAAACCAAUGAGAUUGAACGGCAGCGAUCCAAAGCCCAGGAUGGAACGGCACAAGCCCGUCCAAGAACUCAUUCACCUUUGGGCUCCACAGGCAUUGAUGACAGUGAGAAAAAUGAAGUAAUAAGCACACAGCAAAUGUCUCAGAUUGUUUCAUGUGAAGUAAGGCUAAGAGAUCAGUGCAAAGGAACAACUUGCAAUAGGUAUGAAUGUCCUGCUGGCUGUUUGGAUAGCAAAGCCAAAGUUAUUGGAAGUGUACAUUAUGAAAUGCAAUCCAGUAUUUGUAAAGCUGCCAUACAUUAUGGCAUUCUAGACAAUGAAGGUGGUUGGGUUGAUGUCACUAGACAAGGGAGGAAAAAUUACUUUAUCAAGUCUUACAGAAAUGGCAUUCAGUCAAUUGGAAAAUACCAGUCUGCUAACUCCUUCACUGUCUCUAAAGUAACAGUUCAAGCGAUCACCUGUGAAACGACAGUGGAACAGCUGUGCCCAUUUCAAAAACCAGCCUCACACUGUCCGAGGGUUUAUUGUCCUCACAACUGUAUGCAGGCAAAUCCACAUUACGCUCGUGUAAUUGGGACACGAAUUUAUUCUGAUAUAUCCAGUAUCUGCCGGGCAGCAGUACAUGCUGGUGUGGUCCGCAACCAGGGUGGUUAUGUUGAUGUUAUGCCAGUAGACAAAAGAAAGGUGUACGUUGCUUCCUUUCAAAAUGGGAUAUAUUCAGAAAGUUUACAGAAUCCUCCAGGAAGCAAGGCAUUCAGAGUAUUUGCUGUUGUUUGAGUCGAGCAAGUAAAAUGUAAAACAGGCAAGUGAAACCAGAGCACUUGGAAGAGAAUAUUAAAGCCAAUUUCUUAUAAUUCCUAAAAUUUGUAUAAAGCUGUAACUUUAUUGUACAGAAGAUGUAUACUGCUUUCCACCAAAAAGUUUAAGUUACAUAUAUAUCUUAAUGAAAAAAUCUGUAAAGGUAAACAUGGGAGAAAAAUUCAUUUGAAAAUCUAUAAUGAUAUAUAACAAUAUUUUGAAUCCUGUGUUAAAUAUUGCUAUAUUUUCUUAGCAGUUACUCCUAUACAGUUAAUUCAAAGCUCACGAAUGUUCUUUGUUUUCUUCAUCUGAACAUAUUAUUGUAUGGUGCUUUAUAUAUGCCACUAACAGUAAUCUUAAAACUAUACCAUAGGGAGGCCUGAAUUUUUAUUUCCAGUGUACAUUAAAGAAGCCAUCCUAAUAAUUCAAUAUAAUAAACCAUGCCUUAAAGUAAAAUAAAUAUAUAUAUAACUUUGAUGAUUUACAGUAGCAUUAGCCAUGCAAACAUUAAUGAAGAGCUAGACUGUUUUCAAUUUCACACUAAUCAUAACAAGUGCAAAUACCUGUUUUGAAAUAAAAUGGAAAAUAUAAAACGUAGGGAAAUCCUGGGUCAUAUUAGCAUGUUUUCCUCUAAAGAAAUAUUUUUAAGAGACUGGGCCAU